AUGGCCGCUGUCACAAUCGGCAGUAGCAACGAGGAGUACCACUUGCUGCUCGACUCGGCGGCAAGUAAUACGUGGGUCAUGGGGCAGGAGUGUACGGCGGAGGCGUGCGGGAAGCAUAAUACGUUUGGGGAGGGGGACUCGGGGUCGCUGAAGACAACGACGAAGUCCUUCAGCAUAACCUACGGCACCGGCUCCGUCUCCGGCACCACCGCCUCCGACACCCUCCACAUCGCCAGCCUCUCCACAGCCCUAACCUUCGGCCUGGCGACCAACGUCUCCUCCGAAUUCAACGCCUACCCCAUGGAUGGCAUCCUCGGACUCGGUCGCGGGACAGCGGCCGAGCUCGACGAUAGCCAGACGCUCAUCGAGGCCCUCGCGGCCGCGGACCUCAUACCCGCGAAGCUGUACGGCAUACACCUCUCUCGCGCGGCGGAUGGGACGAACGACGGGGAGUUAAAUCUGGGCGAGGUGAAUAGCGAGCGCUUCGACGGGGAUUUGGACUGGCUCGAUGGCGUGCCCAACGACACGGGGUUCUGGGAAAUCAGCGUGGGCGACGCAGGCGUGGGGACCUCGCUGGCUGGCUUGAAGGGCAAAUCCGCGAUCAUCGACUCGGGAACGUCAUAUGUCUUCAUGCCCGAGGCGGAUGCGCUUGCUGUGCACAAGCUCAUCGACGGGUACACGCAGUCCGGCGAGACGUUCAGCGUGCCGUGCUCUACGACGACAAAUUUGUCGAUCAAGUUCGGCGACAAGACGUACGCGAUUUCAAGUAAGGACUGGGUCGGCGGCACUACAAGCGAGGGCAUGUGCAGGAGCAACGUCUUCGGGCGGCAGACCUUUGGCGACGACCAAUGGCUACUUGGCGAUGUCUUCCUCAAGAACGUAUACGCAGCCUUUGAUCUCGACAGUGGCAAAGUCGGCUUCGGGACCAAGAAGGAUGGCGGUAGUUUGUCGUCCACAUCGACGUCCGCAAGCACGAGCGCGAGUUCGUCGAAGACUGCUUCUGGGAGUUACUCCACGGGAGCAAGUUCCUCGGGGGGAGAGGAGACGACGUCCGCGGCGCCGAUUCUGCCGCCUGGUGCGUCUGCGACGCCGACGCCAGAUCCGUCGUCUUCGCCUUCUUCUUCGUCGGUGGAUACGUCGGCGGCAUCGAACGAUCACACGGGUGGUUCGUCCACGCUCGCCGCUUCGUCACUGCUCUGCAUCGCCGUCAUCAUUUUCACGAUGAAUGUUCUAUAG